UGCCCCAUGUCUCCCCCGCUUCUGUCCCCUCAUGUACCCCCAAUGCUCCCCUUGUAUCUUCUUUAUGGGCCUCAAAUCAAGUAUACCAUUUGCUUCCCAUUUGUGUCCCAACUGUGGGCCCCAUGGUCCCUUUCUCUUGUGUUCUUCUUGUGUACCCCACCGUCGGCUGCACACACGAUCACAUCUGCUUUCCUUGUCACCCUAUUGCCCCUCCCCGCCCCCACCUCCGCCCACACCACCACCAUGUAUCUUUAUUAUGUUCCCUGUGUGUGCCCCCCGUGACCUUGGCCUGAUCUGGCCGUGUGUCAGUGUGUGACAGCACGUCUGGAUGCAGGGCCUGAGGACGUUUGUAGCGAUGAGUCAAAAAGCAUUUACACAUGACUUAGCAUCAACACACAGCGGCUUCUGAGGGCAAGAUGUGGAUGACUGAAUCUUCAUCGGCAUGGACACAAAGCACAACAAAAGUGUGUUCAGUGCUCCCAAUUGGAGGGCGGGGGGAGGGUGAAGUGGUACUUCUUUCUUUUCUUUUUACAAUGAUUUAUUUCCUUUCAUUGUUUUUAAAGCACCUCUACAGAUCAUGAAGGAUUUCUUUUGGCGAUUAUUAUAUCCAUGAUUUCCCUUGUGAAUCAAUCCAUCCAUUUUCUUCUCCGCUUAUCCUCACCGCUUAUGAAUUUCUACCAAAUAAGCUACUCCCUGGUCAAACUGUCUCUUAGAAAACCUUUUUUUCUUUCCUGGCAUUCGCAGUGGGAUGAACAUGGUCUCAUGCAUCACUCCUUAGUAACACCAGGGGGCGUCAUUGCACCGCUGCUAAACCUGGCGAAGCGCUUCACGCACACACACGCGCACGCGCACACACACACACACACACACACACACACACACUCUCUCUUACACUAAGGCACACGUACAUGAACGCACACAAGCGUUACAAACCCCACUUGCACACUCAGAACACAUUCAGGUACGCGCACACACUGGUCUCCUCGCUGGUUUGACCACGCCUCCCGUAACACGUCACGCCCGAUGAUGUCACACCCCCUCCUUGUCCUCUUCAGUCCUGGAGCCAAACAACAUCAUUAGACCCAUCGGACCUCCACGAGUGUUCUUUCUCUCUCUCCUCUUCUUGUUUUGCGUGCUACUUCUGGGACCGUUUGGGGGAAGCGUGGUCUGGCUGGAGAGCCGGGUAGCAAGCUGGAGGACCUGGACGUGGAUUUCUUUUUGGUUUUUCCCCUACGUAUAGGAUAAGCUUGUUGGGUGGUCUCCGCUCACGCUCCUCUGGUUUCUUUGUGGAUGUCAUGCGAAUCAGCGGCUUCGAUUUUUUUUCACUUUCAUCCUAAGUGGUGGUGACAAGGAAAAAAAAGAAAAAAAAAGAGUGAGGAGGAGGGGGGGAAGUUUAUGACGGACAUGGCGAUGGUGGCGUGGAGGAACCCCGAGGAGGGAACGCUCUCUUCUCCAAUGUCGCACGUUGCUCCCUUGGCUCUGCCAGUCCAUAUGAACCCACCGCCGACCUCGCUGGAGAUGCCCCCCGCUGCAGGACCACCCACCACCGCCACCAACACCACAACAAACAACAAUAGUUCUUCUUCGUCGUCUUCGUCGUCGUCGGACAAGCAGGCGAGCGCGCACAUUGAGUGCAUCGUGUGUGGCGAUAAAUCCAGCGGGAAGCACUACGGCCAGUUCACCUGCGAGGGCUGCAAAAGCUUCUUCAAACGCAGCGUGCGCCGCAACUUGAGCUACACCUGCCGGGCCAGCCGAACCUGUCCCGUCGACCAGCACCACCGCAACCAGUGCCAGUACUGCCGUCUCAAGAAGUGCCUCAAAGUGGGCAUGCGGAGGGAAGCGGUGCAGCGAGGCCGGCUCCCCCCGGCGCAGUCGUUCCACGGCCAGUUCUCCCUGAGCACGGGGGAGCCACUGCAGUGCCACUCGUACCUGUCGGGCUACAUCUCGCUGCUGCUGCGGGCCGAGCCGUACGCCACGUCACGCUUCGGCUCGCAGUGCCUGUCGGGUGGCGGCGCAGUGGGGAUCGAGAACAUCUGCGAGCUGGCGGCACGGAUCCUGUUCAGCGCCGUGGAGUGGGCCCGCAACAUCCCAUUCUUCCCCGACCUGCAGGUGUCCGACCAGGUGGCUCUGUUGCGGCUCACCUGGAGCGAGCUGUUUGUGCUCAACGCGGCGCAGUGCGCCAUGCCGGUGCACGUGGCGCCGCUGCUGGCCGCCGCCGGCCUGCACGCCGCCCCCAUGUCGGCCGAGCGCGUGGUGGCCUUCAUGGACCACAUCCGGGUCUUUCAGGAGCAGGUGGAGAAGCUCAAGACGCUGCACGUGGACUCGGCCGAGUACUCGUGCCUCAAGGCCGUCGUGCUGUUCACCACAGAUGCAUGCGGCCUGUCGGACGCGACGCACGUGGAGGGUCUUCAGGAGAAGUCCCAGUGCGCACUGGAGGAGUACGUGCGCAGCCAGUACCCGAACCAGCCCAGUCGCUUCGGCCGCCUGCUGCUGCGUCUGCCGUCUUUGCGCUCCGUGUCGUCGGCCGUCAUCGAACAGCUCUUCUUUGUGCGACUGGUGGGCAAGACGCCCAUCGAAACGCUCAUUCGUGACAUGCUGCUGUCGGGCAGCAGCUUCAACUGGCCUUACGUGCCCGUCCAGUAGCGCCCCCAAGUGGCCUGGGUGGGGCCGGCGCAGCUGAGGUAAAAAUGGUCUUCUCCUGGAUGGGCUCGCACAGCUCCAGACAUGACGUUGGGGAAACACGAUAUCGAUCUAACGUGCGCACCAAAUGCUCAUUUGUGGCCGCAAAAUACUGCUUUCAACCCCACGCUAAUUUGCUCAGCACAAAUUUACCUGUCUGUCUGUUUUUUUUUUCUCUGUGUUUUCCCCUAUUUGCUGAAACAUUCACCCAUUCACGUCUUUCUGUGUAUUUUUUUUUCUGUAGCGCCCCAGGAUGCCAUAAAAGAGUGCCAAAGCUAGUGCGAAGAGAACAGUACAAACGAGACGCGGAUCUGAUCAGGGACGCUCUGUGCUGCCACCGUAAAUACUCCAAAAUAGCUCGUCUAUUUCAGAUUUCAGGUUUUUUUUUUUCGAUAUUUUUGUGUCGCUUUUUUUUGGGGGGGGGGGGGUGGGAGCUGUUAGUUCCAACCACUACCUACCCACCCACUCAUUUUUCACACAAAGAGUGUUUAUUAGCGUUUUGGGAAGAAUGUUUUUGGUGUAAUUGGUUGCAUAGUUUGGUCCAUCUUUUGAUCAGACACGUGAUCGGCUCCAAAAUCCUGAUAACUGGUGUCGAGGAAGUAAAGCGAACCAAUGUUUACUAUUCGUUAAUUAGCAUUUUUCGUGGGGCUUAUCCCCAGAUAAUCACAAAACAAAACUCAUCUAUUUGCCGUUUUGGGGGGAUCUUUCGGUAAUACGGCGAGUUGUCACAAGAUGGCGCCAAAGUCAUGGCUACUAGUAAAGUCAUUUUUGGCGCCAAGGAAGUAUGUUGCAAGUGUACGAUAACAUCGACCGUAUGCUCACUUUUGUAAUUUGUGGCUACAAAAAUGGCAGGUGUAGCGUGCGCAUAACACAUUAAUUUGCUUAAUAAGUCACGGGGGUAAGAAAAUGGAGCACACCUUAACCUCUAUCUUACGUCUCUAGACAAGGUGCACUCGAUUUGACUCCCCAACUCUCCAGGAAUGAGAUGAAUACUAUUCAUGUAUUUUGCGUGCACAUUAUGCCUACUUCAUGUACUUUGUGUGCACAUUCCAUCUAUAUUGUGGCGAAAAUGACACCCUCCGCACCCCUGUCAUGUCUGUGGCUCCGAACAAAGUUUUUCUUUUUGAGAUUACCGGACAUUUUUUGCAGUGUUGUAAAAGAUGUAUCCCCCCCCCACCCCCCACCCGCCUCCCCCCUGUGCGUAUAUUUAUCAUAGUUGUCAUUUUUAAAAAAAAAACGUUUUUAAAAGGGAGCAGGGCUUUUUCAAGAUAUUUGUUGUGGUAUUUUCUUUCUUUUUUUUAAUAUCCAGACAUGGCACUUUUUUUCUGUUAAGGACAAAACAAACAAAAAAAGUAAAAUUUCACACAAAAAGCACGCACAACCUUUGUGCUAAUGUUAGCUAUAAGCUCGACUGUCAGCAGGAAUGCAUCAGUAACGUCAUUACUUUUUUAAAUAGCCGGUGAAAAGCAAAGCAUCUAGACACGUUUUGUUACUUUUAUAUCUUUAUUUAUUUAAAAGUGUCUGUUUUGUUUUGUUGCAUUGUUGUUGUUUUGUUAAAAUAAAAUCAAUGGCCCAAAAAAAAAAAAUCAAACAAAAAGGAUUUUGUAGAUUCUUGCUUUUCAAUGGACAUUGCAAUAAUGUUUUUAAUUUUUACACUUUUCAAACAAAUUUAUGACUUUGACUUGCUCUUGUCACAACAUGCAAAUAUUCUCUCAGAUCUUUGUUGGACAUUUUGUGUUUUAACCAAUGGGUUUGGAAGAAACAAUAUUUUUUUUGGCACACCGUGGUUACUUAGAUAUGACGUUGUUGACAUUGUGGAAAUCGGCAAAAUGCGAAAAUUUCAAUGCAAAGGCACAAUUUUUUAAAAGACUAAUAAAAUACAUUUAAAUGAAUUUGGGAUGAUGCCAUGGCAAUUCUGUCUAAUCAUUUUUUUAAAUUACUUGUUUUCUAAUUGGCAAGUGAAAAGAGUAAUUCUGCUGUUUUUAAUUGAUUUUAACUAAAGCCUUAAAAGUCAAAAUUCACAUCAGCCAGACUUUAAAAAAACAAUAAUUAUUUAGUUUAUAAUGACAACAUUGCAGUAUAUUAUCACUUUCUUGUGUUGUAUUAUAAUCAUGUCUCAUAAGAUGUGUAAAAAUGUCCAUCUAGAGCAGGGGUGUCCAAAGUCAGUCCUGAAGGGCUACUGUCCUGCCUUUUUUCCAGCUUUCCCAGGAGUAACACACCUAAUUCAAAUAAUCAGGAAUGUUUAAUGCUGCUUCAGAGCUUGCGGAUGAAUCAGGUGGCACUUGGAAAACAUGCAGGACAGCAGCCCUACAGGCCCUGAGUUUGACACCUAUGAUCUAGAGAUUCAUAGUUAUUUGAACAAAAAAGUAAUGACAUUGCUGUGUGUGUGUGUGUGUGUGUGUGUGUGUGUGUGUGUGUGUGUGUGUGUGUGUGUGUGUGCGCGCGCUCUUUUUGGACAAGCACUGUACUGUGAAAGCAUAAUUGUUUGAUAACAUAUUCCUAUUGUGUUAAAUUAUAACUCAAGAUUUCUACAUCAAAAUAAUGAUAAUAAAAUGUAUUUGAUUGAUUUUGA